GUCAAACCCAAAUCUGAGUCAAAAUUAGAAAUCUCGCCGUUCCUUUCUUCUUCUUCCCUCUCAUUCUUCCACGAAACACUGAAAAUACUUUUGAAAGAGAGAGAGAGAAAUCACAGAAGAAUGUGUGGAAUAUUCGCGUAUCUGAAUUUCCACGCGAACAAAGAGAGACGAUACAUUCUCGAUGUUCUCUUCAAUGGCCUCCGUCGUCUCGAGUACAGAGGCUACGAUUCGGCUGGAAUCGCCAUCGACGAUUCGCUCUCUCGCCACCCAAACCAAAAGUGCCCUGGCUCUUCUCCUCCUCUCGUGUUUCGUCAGGCGGGGAAUAUCGAAUCACUCGUCAAUUGCGUCAACGAAGAGAUUACGAAGAUAGAUUUAAACUUGGACGAGGUUUUCUAUUUUCAUGCUGGAAUUGCACACACUAGGUGGGCUACUCAUGGUGAACCAGCUCCGAGGAACAGUCAUCCUCAGUCUUCUGGUCCUGGUGAUGAUUUUUUGGUGGUUCACAAUGGUGUUAUCACUAACUAUGAGGUACUUAAAGAAACGUUAGUGAGGCAUGGAUUUACUUUUGAAUCGGAUACAGACACUGAAGUCAUCCCUAAGCUUGCUAAAUUUGUUUUUGACAAAGCAAAUGUAGAAGGUGAACAAACCGAGCUAGAUCAAGACAAGAGCAACACUCAUGUUUUCAAGGAUGCCCACUUUCUUUCCAAGAACGAGCAUCCUAAGGAGUUUUUCCUAUCAAGUGACCCACACGCUCUUGUUGAGCAUACAAAGAAAGUUCUGGUGAUUGAAGAUGGCGAAGUUGUUCAUCUCAAGGAUGGAGGCGUGUCAAUACUUAAGUUUGAAAACGAGAGGGGAAGGCGUAACGGUUUAUCUAGACCUGCUUCAGUGGAGCGUGCGUUAUCUGUACUAGAGAUGGAGGUGGAGCAAAUUAACAAGGGGAAAUACGAUCACUACAUGCAGAAAGAAAUCCACGAGCAGCCGGAAUCUCUAACCACUACAAUGAGAGGCCGGCUUAUACGCGGUGGCUCACGCAAAGCCAAAACAGUCCUCCUAGGUGGUUUGAAAGAUCACCUAAAGACCAUAAGACGCAGCAGACGUAUAGUCUUUAUCGGGUGUGGGACAAGCUACAACGCCGCUCUUGCAUCAAGACCUAUCCUUGAAGAGCUCUCUGGUAUACCAGUCAGCAUGGAGAUUGCUAGUGAUCUCUGGGACCGACAAGGUCCAAUAUACAGAGAGGAUACUGCAGUAUUCGUGAGUCAGUCUGGUGAAACCGCAGAUACAUUACUUGCUUUGGACUACGCUCGAGAGAACGGUGCGUUAUGUGUCGGUAUAACUAACACCGUUGGGAGCUCAAUAGCUAGAAAAACACACUGUGGUGUCCAUAUUAACGCAGGAGCUGAGAUUGGUGUGGCGAGUACAAAGGCAUACACAAGUCAGAUUGUGGUGAUGGUUAUGCUAGCUUUAGCAAUCGGCAGUGACACAAUCUCAAGCCAAACCAGGCGAGAAGCUAUAAUCGAUGGACUACUUGAUUUGCCGAAUAAGGUUAGGGAAGUACUAAAGCUAGACGGAGAGAUGAAGGAUCUUGCGCAGCUUUUAAUAGACGAGCAGUCACUGCUUGUGUUUGGCAGAGGAUACAACUACGCAACGGCUUUAGAAGGAGCGUUGAAAGUAAAAGAAGUGUCGCUUAUGCACAGCGAAGGGAUACUCGCGGGAGAGAUGAAACACGGUCCUUUGGCUUUGGUCGACGAGAAUCUCCCCAUCGCUGUGAUCGCCACUCGCGACGCUUGUUUCAGCAAACAACAGUCCGUGAUUCAGCAGCUUCACGCACGCAAAGGGAGACUGAUAGUGAUGUGCUCGAAAGGAGAUGCUGCUUCUGUGAGCUCUAGUGGUUCUUGUCGAGCUAUCGAGGUUCCUCAAGUGGAAGAUUGUUUGCAACCUGUUGUUAAUAUAGUGCCAUUACAGUUGUUGGCUUAUCAUCUGACUGUUCUGAGAGGUCACAACGUUGACCAGCCGAGGAAUCUAGCGAAGAGUGUGACCACUCAAUAGAGAGCUAAGAAGAGAAAUGACUCUUGUUUUGUAUAGUUUUCUAAAUGCCUUUGGAGUUUAUGAUGUUAGGCAUCGUUUUAUCUUUUUACCUUUUUUGAGUUCUGACAAGCGGAAACUAAAACCGAACUAAAAUUUCUUUGAAGUUUUUUUUUAAAAUAAUUUAUAUAUGUAGAAUAUUUGACGUAAACCCAAGUCUAAACUCAUAAAUUAUCUAAACUAUUAAAA